UUGGCACAUGACUACCGAGUCAUGAAAUCUCACCGCGGCUUCAUCUCCAUGCCCCCCGUGAACUUGGGUCUGCACUUCGACGGGAUCGGCUCGCUGCCUCGUCUAAAACUGCGUCCGCAGGUUGCGCGGAAAAUGCUGCUCGAGGCGCAUAAAUGGACUGGGCCUGGAGCAUUGCAGGAUGUAAUUGUGGAUGUCGUUGCGGAGCCGGAGGAGAUGCUGAAUGUGGCUUUGGAAUUGGGGGCGAACUGGGAGCCUAAAGCGAAGAUGGGGGUGUACGCUUUGCUUCGUCAGGAGCUUUGGGGUGAUGCUAUCAAGAAGUUUCAGCGUAUUAGUUAUGUUCAUAGUUGGGUGACUUCGGCGCCUGCUAAGGUCAAGAUUUGA